GACUUUGGCUUCCCCGUAAAAGAAUAUGAACAAAACAAUCGCCAUUUGCCUUCAUUAUUAGCUUCACCAAUACACCAUCAACUUUUACAUUUUUUAACCCUAAAAAAUACUCUUAGUUCUCGAAUUCCUUAGUGUAAAAACAGAGUGAUCUGGCAAUGGAGUUGCAGCAAAGAGGAUUUUCUCUGUUUUGGCAACAAACAAUUGCUUUACUGAAGAAGAAUUUUUUGCUGUCAAUUAGAAGCAAAAGAUCAACAUUUCUUCAGUUAUUCUCUUCGUUGCUCUUUUUAGGUCUCUUAUUUGGAAUCCAAAAAGGUAUGAAUUUUCGCUCUAGACAUCCUUCCGCCAUCCGUGCAGUCAAUGAUCCUCAGCCUCUUACGAAUCCUACGAUACCGCCGUGUGAGCACAAGUUCUUUAUUAAACAUCCGUGUUAUGACUUUGUGUGGAGUGGCAGUGGCAACAAAAGAAUUGAAUCUAUUGUUUUUGGAAUUUUAGCUAAUAAUCCAGGUCGACCUAUUCCUUCUACCAAGGUCAAGUCAUUUGGCACAAAAGAUGAUUUGAACAAUUGGCUUCUCAGUGAUCCAAUGCGUACCCCUGGAGCUUUGCAUUUCGUGGAACGAAAUGCCACAGUUAUAAGUUAUGGUGUAGUAACAAAUACUUCUACAUAUAUUCAAGUUCCAAGGGUAUCUGAAGAUCCAACAUUCAAAUUCCAACUUCCCCUUCAACUAGCUGCAUCUAGAGAAAUUGCGAGGUCAUUGCUUGGAGAUUCAAAGUUCAGCUGGAAUGUUGGUCUCAAGGAAUUUGCGCAUCCUGCAAUAGAAGACCCCGAAGCUGAAGACUCAUUUCAAGAUUUUGCUUUUCGUUCUAUUUUCAGUCCAAUAUUCUUCUAUGCAAUCUCUAUGUUUGGUUUCGUAUUCCAGAUAAGCACAAUGGUUCUAGAGAAGGAGCUCAAACUUCGCCAGGCAAUGACUGUGAUGGGACUUUUUGAUUCUGCUUAUUGGUGCUCGUGGCUUAUAUGGGAGGGAAUUAUGACAUUGCUCUCAUCACUCCUCAUAGUUCUUUUUGGAAUGAUGUUUCAGCUUCAGCUUUUCUUGAAAAACAGCUUUUUGAUUGUUCUACUUUUGUUCUUUCUUUUCCAAUUAAACAUGGUUGGUUUUGCCUUCUUAAUAUCAAACUUCAUCCGCAAGUCCGCUUCGACUACCUCUGCUAGCUUUGCCAUAUUUGUAAUUGGUUGUGGAACUCAGGCAUUUUCAGAGGCUCUCUAUAGUGACACAAGCCAUAAAACCAGAUAUAGAAGAACACUUUGGUCCUUUUUUCCGCCGAAUCCCUUUUCAGGAGGUCUGAAUCUGUUAUUAGUUGCUGCAGAACAUGGCGGGAUCAGCUGGAGUAGGCUAUCCCCAUGUGACAAUGAUGACCCAUGCUAUUCAAUUCUCCAUUACUAUCGAUGGCUCAUCGCAACGUUCUUCCUGUGGCUUAUUUUGGCUAUCUACCUUGACAAUAUCCUACCGAACUCAGCAGGUGUAAGGAAACCCUUUUAUUAUUUUCUGAAACCUGGAUAUUGGACAGGAAGAGGUGAAGAAAAGUUUAAAGAAAAUGCCCCAUGUUGCGGUUCUGGUUCUGCACCUCCGAAUGACAGUUUUACGCAAGAUGAUGAAGAUGUUCUUGAUGAGGAAAAUAGGGUGAAACAACAAGCGAAGGAAGGCAAUGCUGAUCCUAAUGUUGCUGUGCAACUACAAGACCUUUAUAAGAUGUAUUCUCGGUCAAUAAACUUUAGUUGUCAUUCUUGUUGCCUUCUCUGUUGCUACUGUAGAUGCAAGAUUAAGAAACCAUAUAAGGCUGUCCAGGGACUCUGGUUAAAUCUUGAGAAGGAUCAAUUGUUCUGUCUUCUUGGGCCAAAUGGAGCUGGAAAAACAACUGUAAUUAGUUGCUUGACUGGUAUAAUUCCAGUCACGCGGGGAAAUGCACUAAUCUAUGGAAACUCUGUUCGAAGUUCGGUUGGUAUCUCCAACAUAAGAAAGCUGAUUGGAGUCUGCUCACAGUUUGACACACUUUGGGAUGCAUUAUCUGGACAAGAGCACCUUGAACUUUUCGCCACCAUCAAAGGCUUAUCCCGAACUUCAAAAAGAUCAGAAGCUAGAAAAUUGUUGGCUGAUGUGAAACUUGAUGAUGUUGCCAAAGUGAGAGCAGGAAACUACAGUGGUGGAAUGAAACGUCGGCUCAGUUUAGGAAUAGCAUUGAUUGGAGAUCCAAAACUUCUCUUUUUAGAUGAACCAACAACAGGUAUGGAUCCUGUAACUCGGAGGCAUAUCUGGAGUGUAAUUGAGGCUGCAAAGCAAGGGCGUUCUAUUGUUCUGACGACACAUUCUAUGGAGGAAGCUGAUAUUUUAUCAGAUCGCAUUGGAAUUAUGGCAAGGGGUAGACUUCGUUGCAUUGGAACGUCAACCUUGCUGAAGUCUCGAUUUGGAGCUGGAUUUAUCGCUAAAAUUAGCUUCAGUAAAGUUUCUAAUGAUGUAAAUGGCAUGGAAAAUACGAUACACAGCAAGCAUCGCGAGGCAGUCAAAGAAUUCUUCAUACAGCAUAUAGAUGUCACACCAAAAGAUGAAGAUAAAUCCUUUUUGACUUUCAUUAUCCCUCAUGAGAAGGAGAAGCUACUCGAAAAUUUCUUUGCAGAGCUAGACAAAAGGAAAACGGAGUUUGGCAUAUUAAAUAUCCAAAUCGGUCUUACAACGCUUGAAGAAGUGUUCUUGAGCAUUGCAAAGAAGGCAGAGCUAGAAGUGGCUGCAUCAGAGGAAACUAUCAAGACACUGAUUUUACCAUCAGGAACUACUCUUCAAGUACCUAUAGGAUCAAAGUACGUGGAGAUCCCUGGCACAAUUUCCCAAGAGAACCCUCGAGGCCUUAUGGUCGAGGUUUAUUGGGAGCAGGAUGAUCAUGGCAAUCUCUGCAUUUCAGGCCAUUCAGAUGAAACUCCAGUUCCACCUAAUACUUAAAUAUCAACUUCUAGUUUAGUUACUACCAAGCCAAGAGUGUAAGAUUGAGAACAGUGACCAGUUUUUAAAGUAUUUGUUUCUGCUUUUCUUUUCUUUUUUCUCAGGAAACUGAAAGAAAGUAUAAAAUGAAGACAGAUUUUUGAAUUUUUUCUUUGA